AUGGUGGCCUGGCCAAACGACUCUGGUUUCGAUACAGCCUACCAAGAGCUCGAACCGGUGAAGCUGGACGUCAAAGGUGACAUUCCACAUUAUGCCGCUGGCGUACUAUACCGGACGGGCCCACUGGGUUACAAGGCGAAGACCAAGACUGGCAAAGAGUUUGCAGCCGCGCACUGGUUCGAUGGGUUUUCAUGUGUGCAUCGAUUUCAAAUAGACGUUCCCGAGAGGGGCAAGCCAGCGCAAGUCAGCUAUCGGUCCCGCCGGACCGUGGACGAGUACCUUGAGCGUGUCCGCGAGACUGGGAAAGGAGAGGGUCUUACUUUUGCUUCGAAACGAGAUCCAUGUGAGAGCUUUUUCAAGAAGGUCAUGGCCGUAUUCGUGCCACCACGGCGCGACAACAAGAACGUGGGCGUGACACUCUCGAUCAACAUGCCCGGAGGCGACCACGUUGGUCAGGGAAAGCUCUCUGCCAAUGGUCACACCAAUGGCAUUCGGACCCUACACGCAAAGACAGAUCAUCAUAUGACCAAGAAGAUUGAUCCUGAGACUUUAGAGCCUCAAGGUACUACGAUCCAGCAAGACUUCCACCCUGAACUAAAGGGUUCGCUGUCCGCAGCUCAUACAAAAUCCGACCCUAGAACAGGUGACAUCUUCAACUACAAUCUGGAUUGCGCUCGUCAAUCCACCUAUCGAGUUUUCCGCACAUCUGCAUCAACUGGCAAGACCGACAUACUUGCCACCUUUCACGGAGAACCAGCGUACAUCCACUCGCUCUUCCUCACUGAGAACUAUGUGGUUUUGUGCGUAUGGAACUCCCACUACACCAGCUACGGUGCCUCUCUACUGUACCACCAAAACGUGGUCCAGGCCAUCGCACCGUUCGACCCUAAAGACAAAGCAAUGUGGUACGUCAUCGACCGCACGAACAAGCGCGGUCUGGUAGCCAUCUACGAGAGCACGGCCUUCUUCUCUUUCCACAGCGUAAACGCCUGGGAGGAGCCAUCUUCCACCGACCCCUCCCGAACAGACAUCAUCACCGAACUUUCGCUCUUCGAGAAUACCGACGUAAUUCACCGCUUCUACUACGAUAAUCUGCUCUCGUCGCUAAACCCCAAGUCAAAGUACGUGGGCAAGAAGCGUCUCUCAUCUCUACCGAUGCAAGCACAAUUCCGUCUCCCAGAUGUUUCAACCAGAACCCCUGCAUCUAAGCCUAGAAAUGCAGAACGGCUAUUUCUAGCUGAUAAGACGGUUUCACUUGAACUCCCUACUAUAAAUCCUCUUUACCUGACAAACCGCCACCGCUACACAUACGGCUGCGCUGACCGCCUGAAGAGUUCCUUCAUGGACGGCAUCGCUAAGUUCGACAACACGACGCAAACCAGCAUAAUCUGGGAGCAAGAGGGACAUACGCCGGGCGAGCCGAUUUUUGUAGCGGAUCCCGAGGGCAAGGAUGAGGAUGAGGGCGUGCUACUGGCUGUUGUGUUGGAUGGGUAUAUGGAGAGGAGUUAUCUGCUUGUCCUUAGGGCGAAGGAUCUGGUGGAGUUGGGGAGGGCGGAAGUACCAGGGCCGGUGGCUUUUGGGUUUCAUGGCGCGUUCAAGGGAGAGGUGAUGCAGUAUUCGGGAGAUAUCUAA